AUGUCCCUAAUUGAACUGGAAGCACGCAGUAACCACACCCGUAUGCGUGAACUGAUGUCACGUAUACAAGGUUUGAUGUCACCAUUGAAACGUCGAAUGCACGGCCUACGAACAUUUAGCCCACCGGAUAAUGGAAAUUGUGGUCAAGGACAGCAGUUUACUCGCUGCGUCUGCGAUGCAACUUGCACCGAAAGCAAAGUACAGGACUUUCGCAGUAGCGACUCCAAUGGUAAAAUCAUAUUUUUGACUGUUGCUUUAGGUUCCACAAAAAGCAUUGCUAAGGUUCAACCUCUUGCAAGAGGAGUAAAGACAGACACGAAAAGCGUACGGAAAUUAGGUGGCAUCAAAAAAUCACGACAGCUCUCUGUGUCGAAACGAAUAAGGCAGAAAUUUGGUUCUAAGAAGACCAAAGAAGUUGCAAAAACUGACAAAGGUAGCAAAGGACCAAUACCUCCAGUUUCUGCUCAGCACGUUUCUAAGACCAAGACCGCACAGUCGCAGAAAUCGAAGAAAGCAUCUAAGGAUGGAAAAACUGGCCCAUUACCUCCAUCAGCAGCUCCACACAAAUUAAAGCCUAAAAAAAGAGGACCUCCAGCGGCUCGACCACUACAUUUCGGACCGCCAGGGAUCACUCCUGUAGUGUUUUUCAGAACACGACGAAUAGCGAGAAAGGAACGGGUACUGAAGCAUUUGAAGCUUCGCACAAAGAGACGACGUGUUCUAUGA